GAGAGAGAGAGAGGCAUUAUAUCAACCUCCUUUGCUUAAACAAACAAGAGCAAAGAUGAACCUAAAUGGCCAUUUACCAAAGAAUGUGACUGGUAGUAACAGAUUAUAACUCCAAUAUUCUAGUUUCAGAGCUGAUAUUUAGCUGUUUAACACGGCAAGACUUCGCACUCUUUUGUUAGCAGUUACAACACUUCCUGACUCAAGACACACCCUCUACAGAUAUGACUGUCCAUGCUACAGAAGAAACUGAUUAGCUAACAGGCCUACGCUACAAAAAUGCAUUUCUACUUUUCAAACAAACCCAGUUGUGAUUCUUGCAGUUCAUUUACGUUAAUUACUGAAUGCACUUCAAAUGAGGGAGGCAGGUGAGGUGCUAUCGGACCCACAAACAGCAGUUUGUUGUCCUUAACCCCAUGCAAACUAAAUCACAUCAGAACAGAAAAGUUUUCAAUGCACUCACCGUGUAUUUGCUCCAAGUUAAACUCAAUCUGGAGGUGACAUACAACAGUGGCAAAGGAAAACAAUACAAAGAUUUUCCAUGAAGACCCACUGCAUGAACACUUGAGAAAGCCCUCAUGAAACUAUAAGCAUUAAGGUCAGAUGAUCACAAUGAUGACCAAACCUUAUGGAAAACCAGGGGAUGUGACUGAGCUUGUCAGUUCUCUCGGAUGGAUGGAGGAAGACCUCAGCUCACAGGAUGGUGACCGGACACCUGAGAUAGGUCACUAUGUGUCACACAGGAGACCUGUAGAGCUUGGCAGUGAGGAUAUGGAGGAGGAGGAGGAGGAGGAAGAGGAAGAAGUGGGUCUCGAUGGAGAAAAGGCACCCAAGCGAAGAGGUCCUAAAAAGAAGAAAAUGACCAAAGCCAGACAAGAACGUUUCCGUGCCCGACGCGUCAAGGCCAACGCCAGGGAACGCUCACGCAUGCAUGGGCUGAACGACGCAUUGGACAACUUGCGGAGCGUCAUGCCUUGUUACUCCAAGACCCAGAAGCUCUCCAAAAUCGAGACCCUGCGGCUGGCCCGCAACUACAUUUGGGCUCUGUCGGAGGUUCUGGAGAGUGGCCAGUCAACCGAGAGCCUUGGUUUUGUGGAGAUGCUAUGCAAGGGGCUUUCGCAACCUACCAGCAACCUUGUGGCAGGCUGCCUCCAACUUGGACCCUCGUCCAUGCUGAUCAACAAGCUGGAUGAAAAGUGUGGGAUUCCAGGAGUAGGUGGUCCACAGGGUCACCCCAUUAGCUAUCCUUCACCGGGACUUCCCAGUCCACCCUAUGGCUCAUUGGAGGCCUCACACUUGCUUCAUCUAAAGGGCUUCAAGGGGGCUAACUACGAGAACUCCUCACCAAACGAAUGUAGCAGCAGCACGCCACCUUAUGACGGCCCUCUUACUCCACCACUCAGCAUCAGCAGCAACUUCGCCCUCAAGCAGGAGCCGUCGCCGCAUGAGGCUGAGAGGAACUUUACACCUCACCCGACCCACGCCGCUCAUUACAUCUCCUCACACCCUUACCCACCUUCCUCCUUGGCGGGUCUUCCAGCUCCUCAGGGUCACCCGCUGUUCCCAGGCUCCCGUUUUGAGCUUCCUUUAGACAUGGCUUUUGAGCAAUUUACCCCUUCACAUAUUGUGACAUCACAGAUGAGCAGCAUUUACAGUGAAUGAACAGAAAUGACCACCAGAGACACUCAGCAAUUCUGCCUCCUGCUCCUCAGUUUGCCUCCAGUGGGGCAGCACAUUUAAGGAGACACUUUGCAUGUACCCUGUCUGAUCCCUUAAGAGACCAUAGUGGUCACUGAGAGAGAGUAUCUGAAACGUAACCUACCUGUGGCAACUGAAGUACUGAGAAAGAGAUGCAUAUUUUUUUUUUUUUGUUAAUUUAUUCUUGUUUCUGUAAUGAGUUUGUUACUUCUUUAAAUGUUAUUUUUAAUUGUUCUGGGAUUUGUAUUCUGUAUACACUUGAUGUUCUUCACCUCAAAUAAGAUGACGACUUUGGUGCACAUAUGCCAUAAAAGUGCAUCAAAAUUGACGCAUAAACAAGAUUUUUAGAUGCAUACAGAGAGUAAAAGCCUCAGUUUUUUUUUCAGCAUUGUUCAACCAGAUGCUUAUUUUCCACUAAACAAAACACACAAAACAUAAAUAAAUAAAAAGAAAGAAUGAAGGAAAAGGACCAAUUUAGUACAUUGCAUUUACCAUAACUAAUGCAUUUAUUUAUGACUGUAUUUAAUAUUUAUUUUGAUGACAAUUGUAUGUUUUGAAACAAUUUGUCAGCACUGUUUUUAUUGGUUCAUUGGUACACUGCCAGUCACUGCUACCAAUACUCAUAAAGUAUCUAAUUUAUUUAUUGGAAUUCAUUCAGUUUAAUGUAUUUUUGUCAUUCUCCACAAUAUUUGUAAUUUUGCUCAAGCGUUUGUAAAUAUUUACCUGUUCCGCACUUAAUAAAAUAAAUAUUCUUAUAUAAUAUGA